AUGCCACUGACCUCACCUUUGCCACUAAGAGAACUUGCUGCUCACUCUCAAGACUCUGUUUUCUCCAAACAUUCAUCAAUGCAAAAAGUGCAAUAUUACCACAAUAAGUUUGCAGCAAUGCACAAAAUGUUCCCAUGGUUACACCCAACAACACUUGCCAAACUACUCCACAUCUAUCCAAGGAUGUUUCUGCUGGCAGCAGAGAUGCAUUGCUUCCAGGAGAAACUCCAGUGCUGUGGCAAACUGGCAGAUAUAGGACCAAUCCCAGAAUACAAUGCCAGUGCCUAUGCACUCUUGGUCACCAAUCUUAAACCAUCAGCAAGAGAGGCAGUAACCAGACCUGACCAGAUUCAUUGGUGGGAGGCAAUCAAAGCAGAGAUGGAUGGACUGGAGAGCAUGCACAUCUGGGAGACAGUGGAUAAGCCUAAUGAUACAAAACUUGUUGAUUCUAAGCUUGUACUACAGGUCAAGACCAAUGCAAACAAUGUUCCAUACAAGUUCAAAACCAGGUUUUGUGCACAUGGCUUCUCACAGAAGAAGGGAAUAGACUUUGAUGAGAUAUUCACUCUGGUGGUACCCAGAGACACUAUCCAAACCAUCUUAACAAUUGCAGCAAGAUCCAACUGGGAAAUUGACUCCAUCAAUGUAACUCAGGCAUAUCUCAAAGCCGAUCUGCACCAUGGUAUCUAUCUCAAACCACCAGAAGGUGCAGAGGUCCCAGAUGGAAAGGUGUACAAACUGAUCAAGAGCCUCUAUGGGCUGAAGCAAUCUGUCAGGGAAUGGCACAAGGAAUUGGAUACACACCUGCAAAGGCUUGGUUUCUUCCCAUUACCCAACAUACCAUGUGUGUACCUUAAAGGUGCAGGUGAGUUGCAAGUGAUCAUUGCUGUAUACAUGGACAACAUGCUCAUUGUCUCACCACAAAGGGACCAGAUCAAUCAGACAAAGAGAGCAAUCAUUGACAAGUGGAAAAAUUUACCAACAAUGGACCUGCAAAAGAGUUCCUCAAAAUCAAGAUCACACAAGAUCAGGAGAAGAGGGUCAUCAACUUGGAUCAACAAGCAUGCAUUAAGGAAAUCAUAA